CUUCUUGAAGAUGCAUUUCGUAGCAAGAAAUACCACCAGCGAAACAGGACUGCGACCACCAAACCAUCAUCUCAGUCCCGGUGUGUACGGACAUCGGUUACGGUCAAACUCUAAUGACUCUAAACACAGCUGGUUCAAGUAUAAACUCGCCGGAUCCGGAUCCCAGAUCAUCCCAAACAGUGAUAACGAGGCUACGGAUGACGAGGUAGAUUUUAAUGAAAACGAGGACCUUACUCAGGAGUUUGUCAAAAGCAAUGAGCUGACGAAGGACCACGACUGUGCAAAAGAAGGUUGCAAUCGAGUGGUUCUUAACGUAAGUGGAAUGCGGUUCGAAACCCAGAUGCGGACUCUAAAUCGUCUGCCACACACACUCCUUGGAGACAAAGAGAAGCGAGAUAAGUUUUGGGAUCCGCGCACACAAGAAUAUUUUUUUGAUCGCCAUCGGCCUAGUUUUCCUGCUAUUUUGUAUUUUUAUCAAAGUGGAGGCAGAUUAGAGAGGCCAAUAGAAGUGCCAAGUGAUAUUUUUCUCAGUGAGCUUCAGUUCUUUGAACUUGGAAAGAAUGUAAUUAAUUCCUAUAAAAAGAAAGAAGGAUUUUUCAUGGAAACUGAUGAAGUUCCAGAAAUGCCUGAUGGAACGUUUCAGAGGAGAAUUUGGGAACUAUUAGAAUACCCAGAAUCAUCUAUCCCAGCUCGUGUUUUAGCUGUGUUUUCAGUCGUACUGAUUGUUACCUCCGUUACAACUUUUUGCAUAGAAACUCUUCCAGUAUUCAACGGUACACAGUGCAAGAACACGACAAUCAUUUCUGAAAAUGGUGAAGUCAUUCCAAGAUUAAUGCCGAAUUUUGAUCAUCCACUUUUUAUUAUCGAAUCCGUCUGUAUUGCAUGGUUUGUGAUAGAACUUGUAGCCAGGUUUAUAUUCUGUCCCUCCAAACUGAAAUUCAUGAAAAGUAUGAUCAAUUGGAUUGACUUGGCUUCGAUAACCCCUUAUUUUAUUUUCAUGACUGUUUUCCUAAUUACUUGGAAAUGUGAGCAAGGAAACCAAGGGGGAAUUCUGUCCGUUCUUCGAGUGUUUCGCGUUGUACGUAUUUUCAAAUUAAGCAAACAUUCGGAAGGCCUCAAAAUUCUAGGAAAGACACUACAGACAAGUAUGCAAGAACUUAGUAUGUUUGUGUUGUUUCUAGCAAUAGGCAUCGUGAUUUUCGGUGGUGCUAUUUAUUAUGCCGAAUUGCCUGAACAGCAUACCUUUUUCACAAGUAUUCCAGAUGCAUUUUGGUGGGCAGUCGUUUCCAUGACGACUGUAGGAUAUGGGGACGUUUACCCAAAAGGUGUUUUCGGAAAACUAGUCGGAAGUCUCACCGUGUUGUGUGGAUUGUUAGCCAUUGCGCUUCCGGUUCCUGUUAUAGUUACGAACUUUAAUAACUUCUAUAGGAAUUCGAUGAACAAACCGAAGUAACAAUUUAUGUUCGGAUGAAAGGUCUUCC